GCCGAAGCCAACCUAUCUCCACGCCACCGAGUCGAGGAAUCGCGAUCGGCCGCCCUCCGCAGCUCCUCCGUUGUGGAGAAGAUCGACGCCCGUCCUGCAGUGGCCCUCAUCAUCCUCGUCCCGCCGAGGCAGACGAAAAUGAAAAUUUGGAAGCUUGGAUUACCUGGUCCUGGCGGCUUUCGGCGUCGGUAUCGUACAAUACUAGGGUUUUAGAAAGGGGGAGAUUCUAGCAGAAUGGAAUCAAUAGUUGAUCUAAUCUUUAGCAUUUAGAUCGAUCAUGCAAAUGUGCAACUGAAAGAAUUCGUGUUGCGGCCUCAUCGCUGGUGUUUUAGGGCUCCAGCUUCAUAGCUAUUCGUGGGUGGCAAAAGAUUGAAGUUUUAGACUACAGUUGAGCUUCUCAGACUGUGGGAAGCUUCGAUUUGGAAGAUAUCCCCUUUUUCUUUGUUUCUUUAGCAUUUCGAGGUGAAUGGAGGCUAGCCUGGAGCAGACCCUUCAGGAAGGCAAGCUCUUCCGCCAGAUCAAUGAGCUGAUCGUCGCCCAUCUUCGGGACAACAACCUUAAUCAGGCUGCAGCUGCAGCUGCUUCAGCCACCAUGAUUCCUUUGAACACGGACGUGCCUCCAAAUAGGCUUUUUGAACUUGUAGCCAAGGGUCUUGCAGUGGAGAGGGAGGAAGUUUCGAGGGGGGUUUCGUUUUCUUCUCUACUCAAUUCUGCAUCAGGGAUACCGGCUGCACAUGGCUCACUGCCUCUUGGAAGCAAUGCCAUAGAUUUCAGUAUCAUGCACAACACAAAGGGUUCAUCCAAGACUUUUCCAAAGCAUGAAACAAAACAUGUUUCGGAUCAUAAGAAUGUAGCCAGAUGUGCGAGAUUUAGUCGUGAUGGGCGAUUUGUGGCAACUGGAAGUUCAGACACAUCCAUUAAGUUAUUUGAGGUUUCAAAAACGAAGCAAAGCAUGCUUACAGAUGCCAGGGAUGGUCCUGUGAGGCCUGUGAUUCGGACGUUCUACGAUCAUUCACAACCAAUCAAUGAUCUGGAUUUCCAUCCACAGAAUGCUAUACUAAUCUCAGGGGCAAAGGACAACACAAUCAAAUUUUUUGAUUUCUCUAAGACAGUUGCAAGGAGAGCUGUCAGAGUUAUCCAGGAUACUCACAAUGUGAGAUCUGUUUCUUUUCAUCCUUCCGGCGAAUAUCUUUUGGCAGGGACUGAUCAUCCAAUUCCCCAUUUGUACGAUAUCAAUACUUUCAAGUGUUACUUAACUGCAAAUGCCCAUGACCCGAAUAAUAUUGCCGCCAUCAACCAGGUGAGGUACUCAUCGACCGGCAGCAUGUAUGUGACGGCAUCGAAAGAUGGUUCUCUUGGUGUGUGGGAUGGAGUCACUGCACAAUGUAUUCGCCCCAUAGUCAGUGCGCAUGGAUCAAUGGAGGCGACUAGUGCGAGUUUCACCAAAGACCAAAGGUUCAUCCUCUCUUGUGGCAAGGACUCUACCGUUAAAUUGUGGGAAGUUGGAACGGGAAGACUCGUUAAGCAAUACUUGGGAGCAGUACAUAAACAACAGCGUUGUCAGGCUGUAUUCAACGAUACCGAAGAGUUUGUUCUAUCCAUCGACGAGCCAAACAAUGAGGUUGUCAUUUGGGAUGCUCUCACCGCCGAGAAGGUGGCGAUGUGGCCAUCGAAUCACUCAGGCUCUCCGCGUUGGAUCGACCACUCGCCGACUGAGGCCGCCUUCGUCACCUGUGGCGGCGAUUGGUCGGUCAGAUUCUGGAAAGAAAUUCAAAUCCAAUGAGGCAAAACGAAUCCAUCAACCUGGUUCUGUAAACUGAAUUCUUGACUCAUGCAAAGCCUCUACAACAAGAUGCUUAUUUCUGUAAACUGAUAGAAAUUCUUCAACGAGCAGAAUUGAAAUUGUAAUUGGAUUUCUAGAAGCUCGACACGAACUUGGUAGCUGCAAAUGCUGCAGAGACAAAGAGGGUGUCGUCGGAUACAAUGAGGUUGAAAUUGGGUGGAAGGUAAGGUCGCGAUUUAAAACGGCUCCAAGAUAGCUUCAUCUUGGAGCAAUUUUGACUCAAGUUAUAAAAAUUGCUUCAUUUUGAAGAAGUUUUAGUCAAA